AUGGAUUCAAAAGAAAUGAACUUCAGCGGCAAUAUUGAAGCAAAUUGGAAAAGCUGGAAACAACGACUGUCAUUAUACCUACUAGCAAGUAAUAAAAACACGUGUUCGGACGAAACAAAAACGGCGAUAUUACUCACGUUACUUGGAGAAGAAGGCAUCAAUAUUUAUAAUACAUUUACUGAAAAACAGAUCUAUGACGAGAAGAAAGUCCCAAUAUUUCAAAAAGUAAUUGCGGCAUUCGAUGAGUACUGCCUAGGAAAAAAAAAUAUUGUAUUUGAAAGAUUUAAUUUUCUUAAAUACAAACGCCAACACGGACAAUCACUAGAAAACUUCAUCACACAAUUAAAAUUAUUAGCAGCAUCGUGUGAAUAUGGGCAACUCACAGACUCUAUCAUAAGAGAUCAAAUUAUUAUUAAUACUUCAGAUGUAGUACUCCAAGAACAGUUAAUCAAUAAGUCUGAUUUAUCAUUAGAAAAAACUAUAGAAAUCCUUAAACAAUCGGAAAAUGUCAAACAUCAAAUUGAAAUAAUAAACAAAGGGGAAAAAGAAGAGUCAGAAUAUUCCCAUGUCGAUGCAAUAAAAAGAAAAAACAAAUAUAAUACAAAUAAAAAUAAAGUUACACAAGCAAACUUCCAUUGCAGCAGAUGCGGCACACAACAUCCAGCAAGAAGCUGUCCGGCCUUUGGGAAACAGUGCAAGAAGUGUGCUAAACCCAACCAUUUCGCAAAUGUAUGCCAAUCGAACAAAAUGGUUCAAGAAAUAGCAGAUGAAGAAUGUGCAGAUGAAGAAUGUGCAGCGAUCAACAGCUUGUUUGGAGUCAGCGAAAUCAUUGUGCCCCAGACACAUAGCAUUCAACAACCAUGGUUCGAGGAGAUUAAGGUAGAAAAUAACUAUAUUAGAUUUAAGCUAGACACCGGUUCUCAAGUUAAUUUAAUACCUCUGAAUGCAUAUAAAACACUUAAUAUAAAUAAAUCCUGGAAUAGUACAACUAUUAAACUUGAGGCUUAUGGUGGAUAUAAAUUCAUGCCGUUAGGCUCAAUAAGAUUAAAGUGUGUAGUUAAUAAUAUUAUGGCAUGGGUGACAUUCUUAAUAAUAAAUAAUAGUACCAUACCUAUACUGAGUCUAGAGGCAUGUGAGAAAUUUAAUCUAAUCAAAAGACAUGAAAAGUGUAUCAGCAUGAUCACACAGUGCACUAGCCAAAAAGACAACUUUUUGAUAGAUAAUAGUAGUAUUUUUAAAGGGAUGGGAACAUUCCCGGGCGAACAUACAAUUAAAAUAAACCCCAAUAGUCAAGGAUCUAUCAAACCUGCGAGGAGAUUACCUCAAACAUUAUAUAAAGAUGUACAGGUAGAACUUAAUAAAUUACUAAAGCAUAAAAUUAUAUCUAAAGUUGAGGAACCCAAAGAGUGGGCUAGCAACCUCGUGAUAAUAAGAAAACCAGAUAAAAAAUUGAGACUUUGCAUAGAUCCAUCAGAACUUAAUAAGUCAUUAAAAUGA